AGCAAGACGCCUCAGAAGCUUUUUUUUUUUUUUUUUUUUUUUUUAAAAAAAAAUUAAUUUUCUUUUAAAAUUGCCAGGGCAGUUGAUGUACAAACUGUUGGCUGUAGGGCUGCACGCGAGUUGCACCAGUGGUCUCGUUGCUGAGGCAAAUCCGCCGCGGCGUUUCCACACAUUUUGAUUUGCGAAACGAGCUGAGGCGACCUGUCCGCUCGCGCACAUUCCGCGCGCCCCGGUGCCCCGCGCGGCUCUUUCUUUACGACGCGGGCUUCGCUCGCUUGACAAGCGAACGCCUCUUCGCGCCCCUGGCUGGAAGGAAACGGUGUGCAUAGCUGGCCGGCAGCGCGCCUUCGUGUCGUGUGCGGGCAACUUGCACAGCCACAGGAAGAGGUUUUGACUGACACUCAAAAGUUGAGCGCGAGAGAUUUCCAAAAAAAAAAAAAAAAAAAAAAAAGCAAAACAAGAAGCUAACAAAAGAAAGAAAGAAGACUUAAGUUUGCAGCUCGGCGGCGCCCGCAUCAACAGGUCAAUGUCCAGAGCAGGAGGGAACACAGGGAAGAGGAAAAAGCCUGGGCUCAAGAUCCCAGAUGAAGUGUUCAAGCAGAAGGAGUCCAACUUAGUGCCGCCCCGAAACCUGGACUCCAGGACCUUCAUCACGAUUGGUGACAAGAACUUUGAGGUGCAGGCUGAUGACCUGGUGGCCCUGUCGGAGCUGGGCCGCGGCGCCUACGGAGUGGUCGAGAAGGUGCGGCACGCUCAGAGCGCAACCCUCAUGGCUGUAAAGAGGAUAAGAGCAACAGUGAACAGUCAGGAGCAGAAGAGGUUACUGAUGGACCUGGACAUCUCCAUGAGGACUGUGGACUGCCCAUACACCGUCACUUUCUAUGGAGCUUUAUUCCGGGAGGGGGAUGUGUGGAUCUGCAUGGAGCUGAUGGACACGUCACUGGACAAAUUCUACAAAAAGGUGAUUGAGAAAGGGAAGAAGAUCCCCGAGGACAUCUUGGGAAAGAUUUCCGUGUCGAUUGUCAAAGCCUUAGAACAUUUACACAGUAAGCUGUCUGUGAUCCAUCGAGAUGUGAAGCCCUCCAAUGUCCUCAUUAACAAAGAAGGGCACGUGAAGAUGUGUGACUUUGGCAUCAGUGGGUACCUGGUGGACUCCGUGGCCAAGACGCUGGAUGCUGGCUGCAAGCCCUACAUGGCACCGGAGAGGAUCAACCCUGAGCUCAGCCAGAAGGGCUACAACGUCAAGUCAGAUGUUUGGAGUCUGGGAAUUACGCUGAUUGAGCUGGCCAUUUUGCGCUUCCCGUACGAGUCGUGGGGCACUCCGUUCCAGCAGCUGAAGCAAGUGGUGGAGGAGCCGUCGCCCCAACUGCCCGCCGACCGCUUCUCCAAGGAGUUCGUCAGCUUCAUCGCACACUGUUUGAAGAAGAAUCCGGCUGAGAGACUGAACUACCUUGCUCUCAUGGAGCAACCAUUCUUCAAACUGCAUGACUCCAAACAAACAGAUGCAGCUUCCUUUGUCAAAGAGAUCCUGGAUGACACCCAGAACUGACCCUUCUCCGCUUCUUCUGCUGCUGCCUGCUGCUGCUGAUGACGACGACGAUUUUAUUUUUUUGUACAAAACUAUAUAAUAUCCAUCCCCAGAUGUACACUGUAAAGUGACUUCCCAUUGCUACAGAAAAUAAUUAGGAAGAUUGUUGGAUUGUUACAGUAUUUUCUCAAAUUUGGCACCUACCUAUAAGCUUGCUAAACCGUUAAAAAGAAUAUAUAGUCUCUAGCCUUUUAUAUCGCACCAGCCAACACAAGAAGUAUGUUGUUUUUGUAGUUGUGAGAAUUGCAGUGUUGGUUAUGCAAGUUUUUAACUUGGAAAAAAUGUAAUUCCUGAUCUGUGAAAUCCCUAGUGUUAAAAUGUUAAGGUUGAACCUUUACUCUCCCACCAUCCCUCCCACCGAAACGCGAACAGUCUGUUGCCAGACAGACUGUUCGCUCUACUGCACACCUCCUCUAGCUUGUAAGGGGCUGCUCUAUUCUCGCCUCUGUACUCUGUAUGUUAUGCAGUGAAUAAGUUAUUGAAUGUAUUCCAGUUGGUGGGGAGGGUGGAUGUUUUUCAGACUUUGGAUGUUUUAUUUAUUUUAACCUGUUUUCAUAUCUUGGGAAAAUGAGGGAAAAGAGCAUUAUAUGUUUGUUACACAGGGCUACUUUGCUAUGAACGUACAUGCGGAAUGUCCUCUCUGCAAGCAAUACCUUUAACGGUCCGUCGUUCGUUUGACAGGAGGCGCUGCGGUUCAAAGGUCCGUUGGCGACUGGGAAAACGGCGGCGGGCUUGAUUAAGAAGCCCCUUGUUGAUCUUUUGUUUCACGUGCGAUACCAAAAAACCAAACACCAAAUCUGUUUUCAGAUACUGUGCCUGGAGGAGCAUAUGGAAGUGUUAACUUAAACCGCCUGCGAUGAGUCGCUACUCCCGUCGUGGAUUCUGCCUUCUCUCCUCCAGUGAAGUCCCACAGCGCCGUUCUUGGCGGCUUUUCGCAUCUCCUUUACAGAAUACCGUUUUGCAUUUUGCUUUUCGUUGCAUAGAUUCAACCCACUUUUGUUGAAGUAUAUAAUGAUACCCCAGUGGUAUUCAUUACCAUAUUGAAUUUUUUCCGUGUUAGCGAAUGUCGGGACUUGAGGCACUGCAUCCCUUCAUGUGUACAAACAGGUCUGGGUUGCAGACCUGCUUCGCUAAAUGGACAGGGAACAGGCCCGGAGGCAAAUCCUUAAGCUCCUGUGCUGUCAACCUGACGUAGUUCUUUUUUUGCGCUGGGGGGGUGUGAGGUAGCCUCUGCUUGUCCCACAGUAAACCUUUACUAUGAAUUACAGUGCACUGUGAGAACAUGUUGCCCUGGCUUGCGUUUGCAAGCGUGGCGGAUGUUCCUCCAGGCCUCCACCGGCUCGGUGUCCUUUCCCUUUCGACGCUUGCAGUGCGGUGGGUGUGCUUGCUAACCGUUCCACUGAGGAGUUCGAUGUGUUUUGGGAGGGGGUGCACUUAAAAUGUUCCUCUGGCGGAGCUGAAGCGCACCCGUUGUGGGCAGAGGAGCCGGGGUGGCUCGUCCCUGCGAAAUGGGCGUGCCGCGGCGCACGUGUGUGCUUCUGUGUACGUGUGUGCGUGUACCUAGUCUCUCGCAGCUACUGAGUGUGUCCCAGAGGUGUGUCGUCUUGCCCUCUGCAGAAACCACUGUCACAGCACCGAAAUGUGAUCCAGGUACCUGGGCUGGAUCGGGUGGGGGUACAACGUGCCUAUAAUAGUGGCUACUGUAAAGAUGCGAUAAUUACAUAAUGGAUUUUAAUUAGAUAAUCUAUAUAUUUAUGUAUAAAAUGAUAAAAUGGAAAUGACUCAAAUGAACUUGAUGGAUUUGUCAAAAACACUGACAAAUAAAAUGGAUCUGAUGGA